GGCGGGCCUGGCAUCGUAUGACGGAUCGACUACCCCCGAUCAGGCCACCAAUACGUGGGAGUGAUGCAUUCCAGUCCUCCCUUGAGUUGACUUUAUAAAUACAACCAACUGGUCUUUGGAUCUGGGUCGACCAUACUUGCAACAAUCCCAUCAUCCAAGCACAAUUCAUUCAAUUACAUUCCUCUACUCAACUACCACCCUAACAACUCUUUCAAUCCAUAAAUAACUCAACGAAGCAAGAUGAUGAACCUCUCCCCCCCACACCCCCGCCCUUUCUUCAAAAGCCACCCCCACAUCAACCCGGCCUCCCUCAAGAAACCCAGCCGCUGGUAUCUGCCCCUGAUGGCGGCCAUCGCUCUUGGCUUCGGCGCCUACAACCAUUACACCGCCCCCGCCCCCGCCACCACCACCACCACCACCACCAAAGCCCUCCAAAACCAACACCUCUACCAACAACAAGAAGAAGAGCGCCUCCGCAAGAACCGCGCCCUGAUGGACGCCUACGGCGACAAGGAGACCCUCCAGGACAUCGAGCGCGCGCUGGUCGUGUAUGAUCUCCAGUGAUGGGGUGGGAUGCGUGCUGUGCGAUGCAUAAGUGGUGCGGAUCGGCCCUAACGCGGCUUGCUGCGGUAUGGGUGUAGGGCGGCAAUGAAGUGGGAUUGAGUCCCUUUGCAUGGUAUCAUGAUUAUGGACGGCGUUCUGGGAUGGAUUUCUUUGGUCGAUUGGAUUAGCGGGUUUGGAUAUUUGGGGAUGAACCGGAAUGCACUGGCUGGGAUGGACGGAUGGAUGCAGCUGGUCUGUUUCUGUUUCUGUUUCUUUGCCAGAUAGCUACAUACAACACAGGGGUUGGGUCUAGGUCUCGCAACCUGCCCUGCGGAUAUUGAUCAUGGAAUCAAGGUUUCUUUCGAUUAAACUCGUACUCGUACUGUACUCGGGCAGGAAAUCAACCAUAGAAUCUUAAGAACGGGUAUAUAUAGUAUAUGAUACAUCUUAUAUCCAACAAAAACAAAUUGAAAUCCACCCCCAA